GCUCCGGCGUAGGCGGGGCUGUGAAUUGCAGAGCUGCGCAGGCAACACCGCAGCCGCGGCCUGUAUCCCUGCGCGCGGGCGGAGGAGGAGGAGGAGAGCUGUGAGCACCGCGGAAGAAGCGGAGCGGGCCCGUCGCCUCUUUCGCCGCCCCAACCCGCCGCCGCCAUGAAGUUCGUGUACAAGGAGGAGCACCCCUUCGAGAAGCGCCGCUCCGAGGGCGAAAAGAUCCGCAAGAAGUACCCGGAUCGAGUCCCGGUCAUUGUGGAAAAGGCACCCAAGGCUCGGAUAGGUGAUCUGGAUAAGAAGAAAUACCUGGUUCCUUCAGACCUCACAGUUGGGCAGUUCUACUUCCUGAUUCGGAAAAGGAUCCACCUCCGAGCUGAAGACGCGCUCUUCUUCUUUGUGAACAACGUCAUCCCCCCCACCAGUGCCACGAUGGGGCAGCUCUACCAGGAACAUCAUGAAGAGGACUUCUUCCUUUACAUUGCCUACAGUGAUGAGAGCGUCUACGGCAGCAUGUAAGGCGUGCCUCCACCUGCUGCCACCGGGGGGCGUGUGCUCCUGAAGGGACCUGCACUUUUGUUGUUUGUUGUUGAUUUUAUGUUAAAGAGCCUUUUGUCCCAGGAAAGGGGAGGGUGUUUCUGUUUUCCUUCCUUUCUGAAGUGUCCCUCUCCCACCCUCUUAACUCUUUCCCUUAUGCCUAACCAACUCCUCCCCGCCCCCCCUGGCUGUGCUGCUCUGCCCGGGCUUUCUUUGCCGUGGUUGUCGGGUUGCAGCUAAAAGAAGCGACCUCUUUCUCUCCUGCAUUCUCUUUUCUUUUUUCCAUGCACUCUUUCUUUCUUUCUUUCUUUCUUUCUUUCUUUCUUUCUUUCUUUCCUUCCUUCCUUCCUUCCUUCCUUUCUGGAUGGGGAGGGGUUGGGUGGGUUUCAAAUUCUGAAGAACAACCAAAAGAAUUCUUCUCCCAUUUCCACCUUGCAGCCCUGAGUGUGCCCCUAUUAGGGGUUGUGCUCUGCCUGGCAGUUUCUGUAACCAGAGGGGAUGCUCAUUAAAAAAAGGAAAAAAAACUAAGAAGAAA